AUGCCUUCACUCCCCGGCAGUCACGGCUGGCAUCCAGGUCGAUUUCGACCGGAGACAGACGCAGCACAAACAUCAAUCGUCAUAAACAUCAAUGAUGGCGGAUCGACAAGUCGUGGGUUCCUUAUCGGUAUAUUAUCUGCUUUUGGUUCAGCUGGUGUUGCCGUUCUCGUCCUUGCUAUUUUCUUUUUCUUCAAGUACACGAGUCGAGGUCGCAUUCUGCUGGAUCGGAUAGGUCGGCCUGGCGAGUUUGAUGAUGAACAAGCGUUCGCGCACGAGGAAGCGGAGGCUUUGGAGUCGAUGGAUGAAUUACAACGGGCUGAAUAUCUCCGGGCAAAAGCUUUCACUCAGGCAAACCCCCCUGAAUCUGUACAGACCGAUAUCUCCCUGUCGCAGUUCCUUGCCAUACAAGAAAAAGGUGUCUCAGCUUGGGAAUUCGAACCUGAGUUGGAGAUCGCCAACUGCUUUGUUGAGGCCAGGACUGAAAUUGAGUUUUUUGAUUCCGAGUGUAGCGUUCAAAGCAAUCUGCCAGUUCCAAAACAAAACGAGGUGUACUAUUGGGAGGCGAAGAUAUAUGAUAAACCAGAGUCCAGUCUGAUCAGCAUUGGGAUGACGACCAAACCAUACCCUCUAUUCCGUCUUCCUGGCUAUCAUAAAACGUCAGUCGCAUACGUUUCAUCCGGACACCGCAGAUAUAACCAGCCAUUCGCCGCGACUCUUUACGGACCGACAUACGUGCAGGGCGACGUAAUUGGGGUGGGCUACCGUCCGAGAACUGGAAGUAUUUUCUUCACGCGCAAUGGAAAGAAGCUGGAUGAGAUUGCACACAAUUUGAAGAGCCAAAACUUCUUCCCAACCGUUGGCGCCAAUGGGCCAUGCACAGUGCAUGUCAACUUUGGUCAGAUGGGAUUCGUCUUCAUCGAAGCCAACGUGAAGAAAUGGGGAUUGGCUCCUAUGACGGGAAGCUUAGCUCCACCACCGCCUUAUGGCAGUGAGCAAGGCAGUAUACUUCUCGAGACUGGGAGGGAAGGCACCAGACAGUCCGCCUACGAGCCAGGCCACUCAAGGUCACGCAGCGGCCUUGCUAGGAUCACUGGAUUUCCAGGCGGCAGCCCAGGACCUAUUCGAUCCCCCACCGACAUAUCGUUAGCACAACUUGCCCACGUAUCCACGCAAGAUCUGCCCAGUCAGGGGACGUUGGAAGCAGGAGAUAUACAACAUCAGCCAGUGGAGAACACCCCACAGGGUCAGCAAAUCAUACCGCCCCCGGAAUAUAGCAGUCCUGUCGGUAGUCGACGGAGUAGUGGUGGAGGCGAUGAAGAGGAACGUCGAGGACUGCUGGAGGAUCGAGCACGACAGCCCCCAAUUCCGACGUACGAUGCUGCAGUUGGCGAGGCGGCUGGCCCUAGCCAUACAUGA